CUUCGCUCCCUCCACCACGCUGCUUUAUGUCGUGAAGUCCCCGCGUCUCGGGCGCAAUCAAUGCACAACGUCGUCGGGUUCCCAACGCAUGUCGCUGUGCUCUUCAAGCAGGUCUUUCGCGUGGUUUCGGGGCUCGCGAUCUCGAAUCAGUAUAUCCUCCAUCGGCAGGCGGCGCUAGACGACGGACUUGCGCUGGCGACGGCGGACCCCAAUGAUUUUGACUAUGGGUGCAAUCCCCCGAGGCAGGCAGCAGAGCGGGAGCGAAGAUCGUACGUAUUUCGCGCGCGUUGGGGGAGGAUGUUCUCAUUCAGGCGGGCGGAAAGUCGCAGAGAUCAACACCGCAAGUCGAGCCAUGAGACACCGGACGAAGACGAGGGGAAGGACGAGCUACCCCACGGGUCUUCCCCUUCCGACCCUCCCCGCCCCCCACACCGUCACAUACGGCGCCGGAGAAGCGAUACAAUACACAAGCUAAUGGAGAACCCUGUACUAUAUGACCCCCUUCGCCGACCGAGAUACCCCCUUGUACUUUGCCAUGGGCUCUACGGCUUCGACACACGCGGACCCGACUCCUUCCCCAGCAUGCGGAUGCACUACUGGGCGAAUGUGCUCCGGAUCCUGCGCGAGAGGCUAGGCGCCGAAGUGAUCGUUACGGCGGUUCCCCCAACAGGAUCCAUAUCCUCGCGCGCAGAAGCACUUCAUUCGCAGCUGAGGGAGAAGGUGAAAGGACGGGGGCUUAACCUUCUCGCUCAUUCGAUGGGUGGCUUGGACUGUCGACAUUUGAUUUCGCACAUCAAACCUCAAGAGUACGCCCCACUGUCCCUCAUGAGCGUGAGCACGCCACAUCGCGGGAGCCCGUUCAUGGAUUGGUGCGCGGAACACAUCGGACUAGGGAAGCUACGGUACAAGGAAGAACAACUCGCGCGCGCCCUGCGAGAAGCCGGCCUCACCGAGGAGGAAGCCAUCCGCAAGGCCGAGGAAUCACGCAAAGCCGAAGAGUCCAAGGAAGCUGCCGAGCAGAAGGACGGCGGCCUCUCCCUCAGCGCCCUCAGCGCCCUUCCCUCCUCCUUCACCACCGCCGUCAUGUCCAUGCUCGACUCGCCCGCGUACGCCAACCUCACCACCACCUACCUGAACAAGGUAUUCAACCCGGGCACGCCGGACGACCCGAACAUCAAGUACUAUUCGGUGUCGGGGAGGAUAUCGAGCGUGAACGUGCUGCACCCGUUUUGGCUCCCGAAGAUGGUCGUGGACGAGGCGGAGCAAAAGUUCAGGCAGCAGUUGCGGGAGGAGUGGGAGGAGAGGCACGGGAAGGACGCAAGGUGGCCGGCGCACGAGGUUCCGCUGUGGGCAAACGAGGACGAGUGGGGGAACGACGGCUUGGUGUCGAUACAGAGCGCCAAGUGGGGCGAGUACCUCGGCGUGCUCGAGGAGUCAGACCACUGGGAAAUGCGAGGCGCGCGGGGGAUCGAGUUCGGCGUCGACCUGCCCGCGAUCCCCGCGUUUGGGCUCGGCGCGCUGAGGUCGAGCUUAUCGGAGGCCGACUGGAGCAUCAAGGACUGGAAGCGGCUCAUCGGCACAGCGACACGAGAGGAGCGCGAGCAGCGCGCUGCCGCAGCUGCCGCCGAGGCCGAGGGCGACCACAAUCAGCCUCGUGAGCGCACCAGCGAAGGCGAGGCGCAGGGCAGCGAGCGCGCACGAGAAGCCCGCGAGCAGCAACUAGCGCGCGACGACGCCUUCCUCAAGUCGUACACGGAGAAGCUGUCGAAGGUGGUCGACUGGCUCGCAGAACAGGUGCCGACGCCGCCCAUCAUGGCGAUGAAGGAGAAACUUGUUGAUGAGGCAAGGGAGAAGGGCGCGGCGCUGGUGGGCGGUAGCGACGACAAGGCGGAUAAGCAGAAGGCCGCGAAGGAAGAGAAGAAGCGGCCGAGGAGUGACCUGGAGACCAAGGAGGACAUGGAGCGCUUCUACAUCGCGCUGACGAGGAAGUUGUACGACGAUGGGCUCUGAGGCGUUUGGACGCCUGACCGUUUUCAACGGUUUGACCCGGCAUUGUCCUGCUCUGCGUCGGACACGCCUCAAUAUCAUGCACCGCCUCCGCGCGCUCAUAACCUCACGGAAGCGCAUACACGAGCCAUUGCCAGGCGGCGGGCCGGGAGGGGCAGAGCACUGUGGCUUGAGGUGUGCAAACGCAUUUCCUCUCAGAUGGAGCUGUGAAGUGUCGUGGGAGGUGCAGACUCUGCAGAGGCGGAGAGAUGCGGGGGAAGGGCAGGGGAUGAAGGAAUUGAAGAGCAGUAAGCACUGAAAUACUAAUUCAAUUGUUGUUCCUAUGCUCCGCGAUCAUCUGCUCGUGCUCUCA